GCUAGAGAAUACACAAGGCACCACUUGAGAGACCAUGGCUCCGUAUCAUCUACAGAGGCCAGGGAACAGUGGCCAUUUGAACGGAAGCCAUCUGGUAUGGACCAAGAGCCCUGGAAAGCUGGGUAAGGCAUUUCCUGGGACUUGCUUCCUGGCCACCGAGGUGUGAACAACUUCACAGUUCUAAUAGUCCUCACAUUCUUAGGACUGGAGCCUGGACAACCACUGAGGCAGGAGUACCUGGCCAGUCUACUUUGGAGCUCAGCAUUUUCUGGGGUACUGUGAAUGUCUGCCAUUCAAGUAAGCAUGACAGCGACCUUCUCUCCGAGAGCUCUGAUUGCCAAUCUCACCGUGCUGAGAUCAGCAUUCUGCAGAGUUCCGGGGUGCUGGCCUAGCACAUCAUAGUGUUGUGCAGAGACAGGGGCAACUUACAAAUCCUGGGUCUUUUGGACUUGGUUCGCCAUUCUAAUCAGUAAGACUUCACCUCUGCUCUCCCAACAUCUGCACUAGUGAGCGUGUGGUUGAACUGCCCACUUCCCUUUCUACACCAGAUCUGGCUCUCCCAUCCACAUAGAGAACCACUCCUGCCUGGGGAAUGAAUUCCACAGAGCCCUACUUCGGAACGGAUGAUUAUGGCAACACAGAGUACUCCAUUCCUCCAGACCACGGGCCAUGCUCCCUAGAAGAGGUCAGAAACUUCACCAAGGUAUUUGUGCCAAUUGCCUACUCCUUAAUAUGUGUCUUUGGCCUCCUGGGCAAUAUUAUGGUGGUGAUGACCUUUGCCUUCUACAAGAAAGCCAGGUCCAUGACUGACGUCUACCUGUUGAACAUGGCCAUCACAGACAUACUCUUUGUCCUCACCCUACCAUUCUGGGCAGUUACUCAUGCCACCAACACUUGGGUUUUCAGCGACGCGCUGUGUAAACUGAUGAAAGGCACAUAUGCGGUCAACUUUAACUGUGGGAUGCUGCUCCUGGCCUGUAUCAGCAUGGACCGGUACAUUGCCAUCGUCCAGGCAACCAAAUCUUUCCGGGUACGCUCCAGAACACUGACGCACAGUAAGGUCAUCUGUGUGGCAGUGUGGUUCAUCUCCAUCAUCAUCUCGAGUCCUACAUUUAUCUUCAACAAGAAAUACGAGCUGCAGGAUCGUGAUGUCUGUGAGCCACGGUACAGGUCUGUCUCAGAGCCCAUCACGUGGAAGUUGCUGGGUAUGGGACUGGAGCUGUUCUUCGGGUUCUUCACCCCUUUGCUGUUUAUGGUGUUCUGCUAUCUGUUCAUUAUUAAGACCUUGGUGCAGGCCCAGAACUCCAAGAGGCACAGAGCCAUCCGAGUCGUGAUCGCUGUGGUUCUCGUGUUCCUGGCUUGUCAGAUCCCUCACAACAUGGUCCUCCUCGUGACUGCGGUCAACACAGGCAAAGUGGGCCGGAGCUGCAGCACCGAGAAAGUCCUCGCCUACACCAGGAACGUGGCCGAGGUCCUGGCUUUCCUGCAUUGCUGCCUCAACCCCGUGUUGUAUGCGUUUAUUGGACAGAAAUUCAGAAACUACUUCAUGAAGAUCAUGAAGGAUGUGUGGUGUAUGAGAAGGAAGAAUAAGAUGCCUGGCUUCCUCUGUGCCCGGGUUUACUCGGAAAGCUACAUCUCCAGGCAGACCAGUGAGACCGUCGAAAAUGAUAAUGCAUCGUCCUUUACCAUGUAACACGAGAGCACAAAGCAACAUUGCCCCAAAAGCCUUGGUGAAACUUGCUAUUACAUAUGAAAA